ACGUCGACGAACAAUCGGAAGAAAUGCAUCUGAAGCAAAUUUUUGCACUGUUCGCUGUGAUCCUGGUGGUGGUCCGAGCCGUCCCAACGUCGAAGAUCGACGGGAUUCUGGAAGAGGAGAUACUGAAGUUGGCAGAAGAGGAAGACCAGGAGAGAUCCAAGAAGUCGGUGCUUCUCUUGAAUCAGCCUGGAGCGGUCGUUCCGGGCCAGACUCUGAUCCAGGUGCCUGGUCAACCAGCUCAGCUCGUUAAUAUCCAGUCGGUGCCACAGGCUGUCGAAACUCUGAGCAUACAGUCUAACGGUCAGCCAGCUCAACUUCUCAACAUACAAUCGGUGCCACAGACUAUCGAAACGCUGAAUAUACAGUCUAACGGUCAGCUAGCUCAGCUUCUCAACAUCCAAUCGUUGCCACAGACCGUUGAGACUCUGAACAUUCAACAACCCGUUCAAACUCUCAGCAUCCAAGCCAAUGGACAACCAGCUCAGUUCCUGAACAUUCAGUCCGUGCCGCAAGCUGUCGAAACCUUGAGCAUCCAGGCUAACGGUCAGCCAGCUCAACUUUUCAACAUCCAAUCUGGCCCGCAGACUGUCGAAACUCUGAGUAUCCAACAACCUGUUCAAACCCUCAGCAUCCAGUCUAAUGGUCAACCAGCUUUCAACGUUGCUCCGCAAACUAUCGAAACGUUGAGCAUCCAAUCUAAUGGUCAACCAGCUCAACUUCUCAACAUCCAGUCUGGCCCGCAGAUUGUCGAAACGUUGAGCCUCCAGUCAAACGGUCAACCAGCUCUCAAUAUCCAGUCUGCUCCGCAGACUGUCGAAACAUUGAGCAUCCAAUCCAAUGGCCAGCCAGCCCAACUUCUCAACAUCCAAUCUGGCCCGCAGACUGUCGAAACUCUGAGUAUCCAGCAGCCUGUUCAAACCUUCAGCAUCCAGGCUAACGGCCAGCCAGCAGCCCAGCUGCUCAAUAUUCAAUCGAGGCCUCAAACUGUCGAGACGCUCAACAUCCAACCGGGAGGACAGAUUCAAACUUUGAGCUUCGUCGAUGGUCAACCAAGCGCAACGGUGAUCACUCAGCCGGGUUCGUCGAUCACGGAGAUCAUCCAGCCAGCUCAAGCUCUGCCAGCGCAGACGAACGUGAAUAUUGUCCAACCAUCGGUCUCUGUCAAGGAAUCUGUGAGGGUGCCAGGUGGUUCACUCGUCGAGACCAUCACCCAGGAAAUCGUCAACCCGAUAACGGAGGAGGUGGUUGUACCAGGUUACAAAUCUUUUUUUGUGAUGGACCAGGAGACGCUGGGCUCCUAUGUGAACGUCCCUCAAAUACAACUGUACAACCCGCGGAUGCUCGCCGCGGUGAGGCCAAACAGCGUGGUCGUGGAGGAGCCAAGCAGAGUGUUGGGUGGUCGCGUGCUGGAAUCGGUGAUCUCGCGCGUGGUUUAAAAUGUGUGAUACAGCAACUAUGGGGUGAAGGGUUACAAGCAUUAAUCGACGUUAUUGACGAAGUAAUAUUAGUUCUGUAUUUGUUGAGGGCGGAAAUAAACAGCAUAUAAAUGUACACCUAAUUUGUCUCGAUGUCAUCCAACUAAAAUAACAGAGUAAUAAAUUUCAUCUAUCAA